AAAAACCAUAAUUCAAGGGAAAGAAAUUACAAUCACUUAGUCAUUUCAAAAGUUAACCAAUUUUCCACAAACAUAAAUUUUUCAGCUCAUCAAAUCAAACCAAAAGGUAGACGCAAAAAACACUUCAAUAUAACACAACAUAUUCAAUUCAUGCAUUUCAGCAUUCCCUAUGAUCAAUUGAUCAUUCCAUUGUCAUGACCAAAACUAACACUUCCAAUUUCAACCUCACAUUUUCAUGCUACACCUCCAACAUGGUUGCAGCCACAGAAAACUUGUUUUCUCACAUUCUCUUCCUCUUUCAACAAAUCCAAAUCAUAGAAAUUAUUAUUGCAUCCAUUGUCUUCAUAAUCAUUCAUGCCUUGCACUCCAAGAAACAUCAUGGCCUAACAAAUUGGCCUAUUCUUGGAAUGCUACCUUCCUUAAUGAUAGGACUCAAAACCAACAUGUAUGAAGGCAUAACCGAAACACUUAAACAUCAAAAUGGAACCUUUAGAUUCAAAGGGCCAUGGUUCACAAGUUUCAAUUGCAUCAUAACCUCAGAACCUCAAAAUUUAGAACAUCUUCUCAAAACAAAGUUCAAUAUUUUCCCUAAAGGAAACUUCUUCAAAGACACAGUUUCUGAUUUACUUGGAGACGGUAUUUUCGCUGUAGAUAACGAAACAUGGCAGAAACAAAGGAAAACAGCGAGUAUCGAGUUUCAUUCAACAAAGUUUAGGAAAUUAACAACUGAUUCAUUGUUUGAGCUUGUGAACAAUAGGCUCAUACCUGUCUUAGAUUCAUCGUUGAAGAAAUCGGUUUCCAUCGAUCUUCAAGAUAUUUUGUUGAGACUAACUUUUGAUAAUGUUUGUAUGAUAGCUUUUGAUGUUGAUCCUUCUUGUUUGCAACUUCAUUUACCUGAAAUACCUUUUGCAAGAGCUUUUGAAGAUGCAACCGAAGCAACUUUGCUUCGAUUUGUCGCGCCAGUUUGUGUAUGGAAGGCUAUGAGGUUUCUUAACUUAGGUAUGGAGAGAAAGUUGAAGGAAUCAAUACAAAAAGUUGAUGAAUUUGCUGAGAAUGUUAUAAGGGCAAGAAAGAAAGAACUUUCUUUGGAACAUGAUAUGGAAGAUGAUAAGCGAAAAUCAGAUUUGUUAACUGUGUUUAUGAAGCUUAAAGAUGAGAAUGGAAAGGCUUAUUCAGAUAAGUUCUUGAGGGAUAUAUGUGUAAGUUUUAUAUUAGCUGGGAGAGACACUUCUUCAGUUGCUUUAAGCUGGUUUUUCUGGUUACUUAAUCAGAAUCAUGAAGUGGAGGAGAAAAUAUUAGAAGAGAUUUGCAGGGUUGUGAGUCAAAGGGAGGAUAUUAAUAUUAAUAAGGAAGUGUUUAAUGAUUCUUUAAGAUUCAAACCUGAGGAGAUUAAGAAGAUGGGUUAUUUGCAUGCUGCUCUUUCAGAAACUCUUAGAUUGUAUCCUUCUGUUCCUAUGGAUCAUAAAGAGGUGGUGGAAGAUGACACAUUUCCAGAUGGAACAAAACUAAAAAAAGGAACAAAAAUUAUAUAUGCAAUAUAUUCAAUGGGAAGAAUGGAAAGCAUAUGGGGAAAAGAUUGCUUGGAGUUCAAGCCAGAAAGAUGGUUAACUAAAGAUGGUCAUUUCAUCGGUGAAUCUGCGUACAAAUUCACUGCUUUCAAUGGAGGACCGAGGUUGUGUUUAGGCAAAGAUUUUGCAUACUAUCAAAUGAAAUAUGUCGCAGCUAGCAUCAUAUUUCGUUACCAUGUUAAGGUUGUUGAGAAUCACCUUAUUGUUCCUAAGCUUUCUUUGACACUUUACAUGAAACAUGGAUUAAAAGUUAAUCUUCAUAGGCGUUGUGAUGAAGAAAUUCAUAAAUACUUGAAGAUUAGUUAGAAGUGAAUUGAUAUUAAAUGUUGGUGUGAUUAAGGAUGAUGAUAUAUAGUUUGUUUAAAAAUUAAUUAUCAUUGUUCAUUGUUAGGUUAAUGAUGUUCAAUGCUCAUUAUAUUUGAGAUGUGUGUAAAUGUAAAGAAUGAUAAAGAAAUAUAUGGAGUUUAGGUUA